UUGGGAACAAGAAGAUUUGGAAGCUCUUAUCCAUCGUACAGGAGCAGAUAUGGAUUAGAUGAUGAUGAUGACAAAGUAAAAAAGGAUAUCUUGAAUUUGAAAAAAGAAAACGGUCUGGCUGGUAAGGAAAAACCAGACGAAGAGAGUGAAGACUUAGAUGAAGAAGAAGAAGAGGAAGAAGAAGAAGAAGAAGAAGAAGAAGAAGAAGAAGGAGAAGAAGAAGAUGAUGAUGAUAAUAAUGGAGCGGAAACUCCUGAAGAAAGCCUAUCGAAGAAGGAAAAUUUUUCAACAGAACCUGAUCAGAAAGAUAAAACGAGGAAAGUCCCAAAAGUGCUAAUAGCAGAGCCGUCGAUAGAAGACAUGAUGGAUGAUGAAGAAGAGUUGGACGUGGAACCCAUUGAUGAAGAGGAAACAUCUAACAAAAAAGAGCCAAAGCCGUCGUUUAAAGACUCAACUAAAGGUUCCGAGAAACCUCUGGAGAAAUGUUCGCAAGGACAGCCGAAGAAGUUCCCGGAACUAAAACCUGUGGAGGAGGAGCCGGAAGUUACAGCUAGUUUUCUUCUUGCUAAGAAAAAACCAAAUGAUGAGGAGGAAUUAGAUGUGGAGCCCAUCAAUCAUGAAGCACCUUCAAAAAAGAUGCCAAAACCUUCCUUCAAAGACUCAAAAAAGGUUAACGAAAAGGAGCCUACUUCAAAAGUUCCUGAGAAAGAUAAGGCCACUCCAACGAAUUUGAAAGAUCAACCAAAAAGGUUUCCAAAGUCAAAGCCGAGUGAUGGCGAACCAAAAACAACGUCCGCUCUUCCCCUGAACAGAAAGAAACCCAGUGAUGAGGAAGAAUUGGAUGUAGAGCCCAUUGAUGACGAAGUUCCCAAUAAAAAAACGUCAAAACCUUCAUUUAAAGAACCGAAAAAAAUCCCGGGAAAA